AAUCGCGGCGCCCAGCGGUUUGGCGUCUCAGUUCCUGAGCCUGGGAGCAACCGCAGCUUCUAGUAUCCAGACUCCAGCGCCGCCCCGGCCCCGGACCCCAAGCCGGACCCAGAGCUUCUCCAGAGGCAGCGCAGCGAGCAGGGCUCCCCGCUUUAACUUCCUCCGCGGGGCCCAGCUACCUUCGGGAGCCCGCGUUGCGCACCUGCAAACUCUCCGCCUUCUGCACCUGCCACCCCUGAGCCAGCGCGGGCGGCCGAGCGAGUCAUGGCCAACGCGGGGCUGCAGCUUUUGGGCUUCAUUCUCGCCUUCCUGGGAUGGAUCGGCGCCAUCGUCAGCACUGCCCUGCCCCAGUGGAGGAUUUACUCCUAUGCCGGCGACAACAUCGUGACCGCCCAGGCCAUGUACGAGGGGCUGUGGAUGUCCUGCGUGUCGCAGAGCACCGGGCAGAUCCAGUGCAAAGUCUUUGACUCCUUGCUGAAUCUGAGCAGCACAUUGCAAGCAACCCGUGCCUUGAUGGUGGUUGGCAUCCUCCUGGGAGUGAUAGCAAUCUUUGUGGCCACCGUUGGCAUGAAGUGUAUGAAGUGCUUGGAAGACGAUGAGGUACAGAAGAUGAGGAUGGCUGUCAUUGGGGGCGUGAUAUUUCUUCUUGCAGGUCUGGCUAUUUUAGUUGCCACAGCAUGGUAUGGGAAUAGGAUUGUUCAAGAAUUCUAUGACCCCAUGACCCCAGUCAAUGCCAGGUACGAAUUUGGUCAGGCUCUCUUCACUGGCUGGGCUGCUGCUUCUCUCUGCCUUCUGGGAGGUGCCCUACUUUGCUGUUCCUGUCCUCGAAAAACAACUUCAUACCCAACACCACGGCCCUAUCCAAAACCUGCACCUUCCAGUGGGAAAGACUACGUGUGACACAGAGGCAAAAGGAGACAAUCAUGUUGGAACAAACUGAAAAUGGACACUGAGAUACUAUCAUUAACAUUAGGACCUUAGACUUUUGAGUAUUGCAAUCUGAAGUAUGGUAUUACAAAACAAACAAAGAAACCCAUGUGUUAAAAAUACCUAUUGCUAAACAUGGCUUAGUCUUAUUUUAUCUUCUUUCCUCAAUACAGGAGGGAAGAUUUUUCCAUUUGUAUUACUGCUUCCCAUUGAGUAAUCAUACUCAAAUGGGGGAAGGGGGUGCUCUUAAAUAUAUAUAGAUGUGUAUAUAUACAUGUUUUUCUAUUAAAAAUAGACAGUAAAAUAUUCUUCUCAUUAUGUUGAUACUAGCAUACUUAAAAUAUCUCUAAAAAUAGGUAAAUGUAUUUAAUUCCAUAUUGAUGAAAAUGUUUAUUGGUAUAUUUUUCUUUUUUGUUUAUGUAUACAUAUAUAAUAGUCAAAUAUCAUUUACUCUUCUUCAUUAGCUUUUAGUGUCUUUGCCAUAAGACCUAGUCUAAUCUACCAAGAAUGAAUUCUUUCAAUUCUUCAUGCGUGCCCUUUUCAUAUACUUAUUUUAUUUUUUACCAUAAUCUUAUAGCACUUGCAUCGUUAUUAAGCCCUUAUUUGUUUUGUGUUUCAUUGGUCUCUAUCUCCUGAAGCUAACACAUUUCAUAGUCUACAUUUUAGUUUCUAAAGCCAAUAAGAAUUUAUUACAAAUCAGAACUUUGGAGGCAAAUCUUUCUGCAUGACCAAAGUGAUAAAUUCCUGUUGACCUUCCCACACAGUCCUCGUACUCUGACCCAUAGCAUUCUUGUUUGCUUUGAAAAUAUUUGUCCAAUUGAGUAGCUGCAUGCUGUUCACCCAGGUGUUGUAACACAAUUUUAUUGAUUGAAUUAUGAAGCUACUUAUUCAUACUUAUAUAUCCCACCUAAACUACCUUUUUGUUCCCCUUCCUUAAUUGUAUUGUUUUCCCACAUGUAAUUAUCAUGUAGUUUAUAUCUUCCUAAUAAGGUGUGGUCUGUUUGUCUGAACAAAAUGCUAGACUUUCUGGAGUGAUAAGCUGGUGACAAAUAUUCUCUCUGCAGCUGUAAGCAAGUCACUUAAUCUUUCUACCUCUUUUUUCUAUCUGCCAAAUUGAGAUAAUGAUUUAACCAGUAAGAAGAGGUAGUGUGAAUAUUAGUUUAUAUUACUCUCAUUCUUUGAACAUGAACUAUGCCUAUGUAGUGUUUUUCUUUGCUCAGUUGGUUGUUUAGAAGUCACUGAACAAAACCUACACACACACCUUCAUGUGGUUCAGUACCUUCCUCUCUCUAUCAGUCUAUUUCCAUUCUUUCAGCUGUGUCUGACAUGUUGUUUGUGCUCUGUGCCACUUUAACAACUGCUCUUACUUUUCCAGUCUGUACAGAAUGCUAUUUCACUCGAGCAAGAUGAUGUAAUGGAAAGGGUGUUGGCACUAGUGUCUGGAGACCUGGAUUUGAGUCUUCGUGCUAUCAAUCACUGUCUGUGUUUGAGCAAGGCAUUUGGCUGCUGUACGCUUAUUGCUUCAUCUGUAAGAGGUGGUUUGUAAUUCCUGAUCUGCCCACCUCACAGUGAUGUUGUGGGGAUCCAGUGAGAUAGAAUACAUGUAAGUGUGGUUUUGUAAUUUAAAAAGUGCUACACUAAGGGAAAGAAUUGAGGAAUUAACUGCAUACGUGUUGGUGUUGCUUUUCAAAUGUUUGAAAAGAAAAAAAAAAAUUAAGAAAUGGGUUUCUUGCCUUAACCAGUCUCUCAAGUGAUGAGACAGUGAAGUAACAUUAAGUGCACUAAACCAAUAAGAUUCUAAGGAAGUUUUAUCUUCUGCAGUGAGGAUGGCCCAAUGCUUUUCGUGGCUGAGCAGAUGUAAUGGGAAGAAAUAAAAGCCUAAGUGUUGGUAAAUCCAACAGCAAGGGAGAUUUUUGAAUCAUAAUAACUCAUAAGGUGCUAUCUGUUAAGUGAUGCCCUCAGAGCUCUUGCUGUUAGCUGGCAGCUGACGCUGCUAGGAUGGUACUUCACAAUAAACUACACAAGGAAAGUCAGCCACCGUGUCUUACGAGGAAUUGGACCUAAUACAUUUUAGUGUGCCUUCCAAACCUGAGAAUAUAUGCUUUUGGAAGUUAAAAUUUAAAUGGCUUUUGCCACAUACAUAGAUCUUCAUGAUGUGUGAGUGUAAUUCCAUGUGGAUAUCAGUUACUAAAUAUUACAAAAAAAUUUUAUGGCCCAAAAUGACCAAAAAAAUUGUUAUAAUAGAACUCAUCCAAUUUUGAUAUUUUUAUAUUCUUCUACCACACCUGGAAACAGACCAAUAGAUAUUUUCGGGUUUUAUAAUGGGAAUUUGUAUAAAGCAUUAUUCUUUUUCAAUAAAUUGUUUUUUAAUUUAAAAAAAG